UUUACCUGUACACCGCUUCAGGUGCGAUAAACAAACUUCAACAGGUGGUUUCACAAUUUUGAGAUUUAAGAUGUAGUUCAGUUGACACAGAUAUGUUGUUGCUGUCAUGACGAUGGUGUUGUGGAGGAGAAUGAUGAGCUACAUGCUGUUGGUGGUGGUUAUUGGCAUACUGGGACCACUCUGUCAAGGAUGGCAUCUCGUCAUGAAGGUUCCCCAAGGGCCCACAGACCUCGGAAACCACAACAGUGUGUACGACCUAUGGAUGUCAGAUGAGACCUUGAAUCCUGACACAGAAAAUGCUAUGGCUGUUCUGCCGGGUAUUACAUACAAGUCCCGUGAUGUGAUUGAAUGGGAAAAUAGGUCAAUCAGUCUGGUCAAAGUAGCCUUUUAUCGCGGAGCUGACGAAGUGGCAUUCAUCGUGUUUGGUGCAGCUGGACCCACUUACAACCACUCAAGUUGGCCAUUCUUUAAAGACCGUGCUAAUGUCACAAGCUGGUUCGAUUGCUCCAGAAUCAUGUACACGACCUUCAGCAAUCUUGAACUCUUUCCAUCUGCCAUCCCAGAGUUUUGUAGUUUGCACAGUGUAUCAGCCCUAGAACAUAGCUUCUCCAUCCUUAGUUCUGGGAUUGAUGCCCAGGCCGACUGUGACAAUCUGACAGGCUGGUUUACCGUAUUGGAACCAAACAGUACCAAAUCUGACAUAGACUGUGGCUGGCAACUGGGAACCAGUCCACAGCCUCCAUACUUCCUGUACGCUGAGGGAAACACUUCCGAACUAAUGAAAAAUGCAGUCAGGGCAGAUGUGAUGGCCAUAUUUGUUGAUGACUGUAUAAACAAGACGCUAUGCCACUCACCAGACUGCUGGCAGGACCCUAUGGGCAACUGUCUGUGUCAUGGUUACCCGUGUGUCUCGUCUUGUUCCAAACUGCCGUGCCCGGACCACACAAUCUGUCAGCCCAACCCGACCAACAUGUCUGAACAUACCUGUGAAUGUCUCUAUGGCAUUCAGGGGGAUACAUGUCAAGCAAAAGCCACAGUUGGCAUGACCCCAGGAGUGAUAAUUGGUAUCGUUCUAGCAGUGCUCAUCCUUAUUGGUCUGUGUGCUAUUGCUAUAUUUGGUUUCUACAAGUGGCGCCAUAGAAAUGACCUGCUUAAAGAUGAAGAUGAGGCCAAAGAUUCUUCGACUGCGGCAGGCUUUGCCAGGGACUUUGUUCGAAGAAGCGUGCAUAGACUAUCUGGUCGUAACUCUCAGUUCUCACGCCGUCACCUCAAGGAAGAGAAGUCGAGUCCAGAUACACAAGCUAGAAUAAAGAACAACAGUUCCAAUAAGACCUUAGGAAAGUCUGAACAGUUGUCACCAGACAGUAGUGUUGUGUUUGGGGAAGCAAACCCUGCCUUUCAGGAUGACGACAGUCCCCCAACACCACAGCCUACACCACCGAUUGAUCGACGAUACACAGAGUUUCCAACUAGGACUGUUGCACUACAGUCAGUUGCUCCACCAUCUGUGUCUGUUACUGAAAUACAGAUGCAUGAGAAAAAGCAGGGCGGGAGUGUAUUUAGUCAAAAUAAGAAUGCUCAAAGACGUUACGAAAAUGUCCCGUUGCCUCCUGUGAUUGAUGCUAAAAUGAGGCGAGAAUCUCCGCAUGUAUUUGAGGCCUCUGAGCGUGCAAGUACAAUAGGCAGCUUUGAAAAAGCAAGUACAAUGAGCGAGUUGUCUGAUGCAACAAGUACAUCUGGUUUCAGUGACUAUACUGGUGAUGGACCCGCAAAUCUUCCCCCAAGUGAAAUGAUAUCAAAAGACAUGAUACGCCAUCAUGGUCACCAUAGACACAAGGUGAGAUCGCGUCCAAGGUCGAGAGCAUCUACAGCUGACCAGCCUAAGCCAAUAGUCGCCCCAGAGACAGUUGAGGGGCAAAUAAACUAUGCCAUGGAGCGAAGUAGACUAAGUAUAAGUAGCAUGUCCAGUUUAUCUAGUGAAGCUACGCAUAAAAGUGAUAGUACCCAGCGUAGUGGAGAAGUUACAAAAUCUGACAUUUUACGCGCUCGUUAUGAAUUAUCGCACCCACGUGAAUCUGCAGGCAGGUUUGCUCAUAAUAAAGGCCUAUCGUAUCAAGAAAUAAAACGUCAGCUGGAUGCAGACAUGAGACGGCGCGAAGCAAGAGAGAAAAAAAUGCUGGAAGAAAUGGAUGAGGAUGCGAAAUAUGAAGAAGAAAGGACCAAAAAGCAAAAAAUGCGUCAAGUGGAGAGUUUAGAUAGUGGGAUUGACGCAGAACAUAACAGUGCGGACAGAAACAGCGAUGGGAAAAUUCAGAUUAUACGAGCGCGAUCUGCAGAUGAGUUGAAUAGAAAUCGAGGGUUAACUGUGAACUAUAGUUCUAAGGAGGCAACUGUCUAGGAAUUAUAUGGGCUGUAUAAUUAUAUGGGCUGUAUUGGAAAUUUUCAUCAUUUUGUUAAAAGAUAUGAACACAUUAUAAGCAAUUUAAACAAAGUUAUCAACAAUGAAAUGCUUUGGACUUAAUCGGAGCUUAAUACAGGUUUAUAGAUUAAAAUUGAUAUUGAAGCAAUGUCCAAGGCUUAGCAUAUUUGAUGGCACAUUUCCUGUUGUUACAUAUGCAAUCCUUCUGUUUAGAGCAUUGGUAUGUUUUUUAUACUUAUGUGUUUUUUUCGGUUCCAAUUAGUUCCUUAAGGGUCUGUCACACCCUACCAAUGUACCUAGCUGGGACUAAACCGGAGUACACAUUUAAAAAUGGCAAGAAAAUCGGCACAGCUCUGUCAAGAAAGAACUUGAAAAAUUACAUACCGGCGUUGUAUUACCCUUGUAAUACUGAGGUGCCGCUGUUGUUUUGCGGAUGUUCCAUCAUUGACCAAAGCAAUAGCUGAGUGAUACUGGAGUACUUCCGUUGUAGUCCCUUUGCUUGCUCUGGUAGCAAAGUAACUUUGGAACAUGUUAAAAAAAUUAUGCCGUCACCUGUCUCCAGCCGGUUUUUUUAUUGCUACUCUUCUGACAAUGUACUACCGUUCUUAAUGUUGUGAUACAAUGUGCUGCUGUACCUAUUCUUUCUGAUUCCCCAAAUUACAAAUUUGUGCUGCGGUAUAGCUCCUGCAGGCCGAUUUGGCUCUGGGGUUUUUAAUAUAUAGAUUGUAUAGAGAAUUGGGAUAUUUUGUAUACUUAUGCCCUUUUUCUAUUUAAUCAGUAUACAUUGAGAAGUGAUAAAUGAAUGGUACAAAUUUAGUAUCCAGAAAGCAUGCCUCAAUUUAUAACUGAGACAUGCUUUUUGGAUUCUAAAUUCUUACCAUUGACGAUUAUGGUUGUGAUAUUUGAUUUGAUAGUUUUUCCAUCAAGGAUUGAUACAUGAAUGGUACAGUUUUAGUACCAGAAAACAUAUAUAUCUCAAUAACGGUUGUGACAUUGAAUUGGUAGUCUCAUGACAAAGCAACAGGGUUUGUAUCAUUUGGUUGUGGCCUGCUCUAUUUAAGAUGAACACACCGUGUACAGUUUAUUUGUUAAAAAAGAACUUCCAUUUAAAAUAUAACUAAUAUGUUCUUUAAAAGUUAUUUGUUUUUUUGUUUUUCAUAAUUGAAUACAUGUAUGAGAAAACUGCAAAUUAAUUUAAGAAUUUCACACAAAAAAGUAAUGACCUCGUGUAUAUAUAUAUAUUUAAUAGUUAUGUACUGGUUCAAGAGCAGUAACUGUUAAAAGCAGUAUCUGGCAAUUGUUAUUUUCUCCUUACAAUUAUCUUUUUCAUGGGAAUUUUAAGUAUUAUUUCUAAUAUUGUGUAAUUUUGCAUCCAAUGUUGAAGAAAAUGCAAAAUAAUCCUGUAAAAUUUAUUGGUGAGACUGUAAUAAAAACCACAAAUUUUCACGUGCGGCAUUAUGGGACACAUGAGAUUGACAACGCAUGCAUACUGAUCAAUUUGCAUAUCUUUUAUAGCACUCUUUUUCCAAAGUUUUUUUAACAUUAUUGUAUAAAUGACCAGGAAUGAAAUUUUAAUUGAUCACUCAAUUUAACAAUUGUUUAAAAGUAACCAAUGUCCAUAUCCUAAAUACAGAUUUUAGCCUCGAUUUUAUUGAUGAUUUCGUUGUUCAAGGGAGACAACUGGUACAAACACAAGCUCACUUGAUUGCCUUGGUUAGGUUCCUGACUUUGAAAGAAAUGUCCCAAAAUGUCCUGAAGGGCUCCAAAUAACAAAAUAGGGGUGUUCUUUAUAUAUCAACAAGGCCAUGGGAGAAUUUUGACUGUGGUCAAUUCUUUUGCUGUCAAAUUGUAUAAUUUGCAUCUAAACACACUAUAAGACCAGGAGUGUAUUUGCGCUUUAAUUGAAAUAGCAUUCAAUUCAGAUUGGUACAAAACAUAUACUUUUCGUAAGAAAUGCCAGUCACUGCUUCUUUUCUAGUAUAAAUUGGGACUUAUUAAUUGCCCCCUUUGGUACCCAAAUUUGGUUUAUUAUAUCACAAAUUUGAAUAGUAGACAAUCAUACAAUGUUGGCCAUAAGUUUCAGUUAGCAUAAGGCUUAUUUCCCUCAGUGCCAUUUCAAAUAAGAAAAUCUUCAAUAACAGCUGUAAACUGCCGGACACUGCUCUCCAACCAGUAUCAUUUUCAAUAACUUAACUUUAACACUGCAGGAUGUUUAAGUUGACCUUUCACUCACAUUUUAAUAAGUUUUUUUGCAUACAUUGAAACUUUCUAUCAAAGUUUUAUUUGUGAUCACAUACAUGUACGUAAACAUAUGGAAUUGUGUGCUCUGUUACUGUAACUACAUAUCACUGCAAUCACAUAUCACAUUUUGCCUAUUUUGUUUAACAGUUCAUAAUGUUCUCAUUUGAUAUACAUAACUCACCUUGCAUUGAUCUGAUAUUAAUUAAUGUUUGAAUUUUCUUGCCCGAUGCAUUUAAAGGACAAUCCUCCAUCAAGAAUAGUCAUUUAAAUCAUUCAUUUGGAAUUUAGAUCUUCAUAUUGUCCUUGCCAUCAACGACUGAACAAUUAUACCUGAAAUGUCCCUUUCGAUGCAGCAGAUGUGUGUCUCCUCUGAGAACUCUGCAUGCUUAAUAAGAACUACUUUUCCUUAUUUUGUAAUCUUACUGUAUAGAAUUGCAAACAGCAGGGACUGUCUAUGCCACAAUUAUUCAUCACCUUGAUGGAAGCUGCAUCCACAAACCAGCGACUGACCAAUCAGUAUCUGCUAAGACGUAAAGACCUGCUGUAUACAGAAUAAGAAAUGUUUUGUUCUGAUUCAUAAUGUAGUGUAACCAAAGUUAUGCGUUAGGGCUUGGACUUAUAUACAUGACAUCAGCAGCUUGUGCAAAUGCUCUAUAAACAAAUGACGCUGAUAUAAUGCCAAUCGGAACAUAUUGCAAAUUUUUGGUUUACAGUUAUGGAGAACAUUGUUCAAGUCAUUGAAGUAUUAAAUAGACCCACAAAAAAGGCGCGUAUAUUAGAGCACGUGUUUAUAAUAGGACAUGUACAUCAGUUGAUUUUUGGAUAGUCGUAAAAACUGGGCAAAUAUGCUGCUUAUGAUAUAUAUCUUUGUGUUUAGAAGGUAUUUUGAAUUUUAGUAUUUUUAUCACUGCUGAUAUUUUUACAAUUUUUUUUUCGUAGUUUGACUAUACUUGUUCUAUAAUCCCUGAUGUCUUCUUGCAGUAGUUGUUGUAGAUUGUCCCGGUAAAAUAUGUCUGUGUAUAAUAACAUUUUUAAUUUGUAUUGUUAUUACAGCAAUGUUCUGUGAUUUUAAAGCUUGCUUUUGAUGGUGUUCCUAUUUAUUAUGUGACCUAAGUUUGUAGUCUUCAGAUUGUGUUACUCUGAUAUCCUAACUGCAUUUUUGUUAUAAUGAACCAUAGGGAGCUGUUUCGACCAGAGAUGGUAACAAAUAUCAUAGAAAAAAAUCUGUUUCCAACAUCCCUGGUUGAAGCAUCUGCCUAUGCUAUGACUGAUGAACAUUUACAAGUGUAUGAACGUUUGAUGAUUAUAUUGGUUUUAAAAACAUUUGUUAAGGUAUGCAGAUUGCUUGACAAGUAUUUAAAAAGUUAUUUUCUGUUCAAUGAUGUAACUCAGUAUCCGUUUACCAGUACUUUUGCUGACAAAAUUUAUGUUGUUCUGAUUGUUCACAGUCUCAAAUGUAUAAUCCAUAUUUUUUGCAUGAAAAUUUCAAUAUUUACUAAACAGUAAGUUUGUUGUAUGUAUUACAGAGAAAGGUAUUUCUUGGUCAUGUAUCUAAAUAAAAGAGAAAGAAUCUACAAAUCUAUUUUUUUGUAGAUUGUAUUUAAUUGAAUACAUUUUUAGGCUGAAACUGUAUGAAUAAUGUAUUGUCAAAAUAACUAUCUUCUAUUUUUUAUAAUCAAGCCUUGUGGAGCCUUGAGUCAUAUUAUAUAGGGUGGCAUGAGCAUUAUAUCAGCGAAAAAUAUAAUAAGCCAGAAUUACAUUUUAAAUUUUGAUUUUGCAUGGAAAAGGCCCUAACAAAAUCACUUUUUGAAUUGAAAACUGUUGAAUAAUUAGGAACUAUGCAUUGUUCUAUAGUUACUGGAUGUUAAAUGCACAAUAGUUGUAUAUUUGUUCAUUAGACAAGUGCUUAAACUCUGAUUUCUUUUUUUUCAAAAUGCUUUAAUAUUUCAGUUUAACUAUAUUAACAUAAUUAUCAAAGUGCUUCUAGUUGUAGAAAUGCUGUUUUAUUUAACAUCGGUGUACAUAUAAGCGUGUUGUUUUUUUACAUUGUGAAAAAUAAGAGAACCCAAAGUGACGGAGCAGCCUGGUACUUUUGAGGUCCUCAAUUUUUGGAAGUUUUAAAAUGUACACCAUUAUGUUUAGCGGAUGCAAUUAUUAGUAGAUAAAUGAAAAUCAAACUAUUUGAAAAUUUCUCUGUCACAGUACCUUUCUCUCCAAUGACGUCAAAGUUAAUUUUAUAAAGUGUAGAAUUGUCUUAUUUGAAUUUGGUUGUGUUGAGAAAAUUAUAUAACACUGAAGCCUAAAACUAGUUUGUUGGAUAUGUUUAACUUCGUAUCAUUCAAGGUAAUAAUUUACUUAAAUGUCAUAAUGUGAUUUCAAGGUUGUGAUUUUUAGAAUACACAAUAUAGUCGUGCAGUGAAGUUGCAUGUAAAUUUUAAAUUAAUGUAACCUUUUACGAUUGCGCAUUCAUACUAAAUCUAGAUAGUCUGUCCCCUGCCAAUUUGCUUUAAUUUAUAUGUAGGCAGGGUACGGAACCAUACAAAUUCUAACUACUAGUACAUACAGGGUUUGUUUGUAGAUGAUCUUGUCUAGCAACGAUUGUCCUUAAAAUUGGACUGAAUGUUGGUAAUCUAAGGAAUGAUCCUUUAUUUUUUACUGACUCAAUAUUUUUGGAACUUAAUCUUAGUUAGUAUAACAGUGUAUUAUUGUGUUUGAUAUUCACCGUGUCACAGUAUAUUCUUCACACAGAGAACAAAUAGUAUUUCGGACAUUCCUUGUUUCAUGUUUAUUCAUUUAUGGUAAUGUAUUUAUAUUAUUGUUAUAUUAAAAGAGAGCUUUCGAUCUUA